GAUUAUUCAGCAGGAGGAUGGAGGGAGAGGAGGAGACACAGAGGCUGUUCACUUCCUCCUUAUAAACAGUGCUCAUGAAGGUGGGGCUUUUACACCUCUCCAGCUUCUCCAUCCACAUCCAGCAGUCACUCAGUUCAUCAACAACACAGAGAGAUCAUGGUGGUCCACAAGGAGUUCCAGACUGCAGGGAAACAGCCAGGCCUGCAGGUAUGGAGGGUAGAAAAGAUGGACCUGGUGCCAGUACCCAAGCAGCUCUAUGGCAACUUCUACGUUGGAGAUGCCUACAUCCUUCUCUACACCACUCCUGCUCCAUCCUACGCCAUCCACAUCUGGCUUGGGAAUGAGUGUUCCCAGGAUGAGAGUGGAGCUGCAGCAAUCUUUGCUACCCAACUGGAUGACUUCUUGGGUGGAAGUCCGGUUCAGUUCCGUGAGGUCCAGAACAACGAGUCCCUCACCUUCCUUGGCUACUUCAAGUCCGGUGUUAAGUAUAAGCAAGGUGGUGUGGCCUCUGGCUUUCAUCACGUAGUGACCAACGACAUGGAUGUGAAGCGAUUACUCCACGUUAAAGGGCGGAGGGUGAUCCGUGCCACUGAGGUUCCUCUGUCAUGGACCAGCUUCAACCGCGGAGACUGUUUCAUCAUCGACCUGGGCAAGGACAUCUAUCAGUGGUGUGGCAGUGAGUGUAACCGAUUUGAACGUCUGAAAGCAUCUCAGGUGGCCAUGGACAUCCGUGAUAACGAGCGUAAUGGUCGUGCCAAGCUGCAGAUGGUUGAGGAGAACACGGAGCCGGAGGCCAUUACUAACGUUCUUGGACCUAAACCCGACAUCCCGCCAGGAAGUGCCGAUGAUGAGGCUGUUGACAGAGCCAACAAAAAGGGCACUCUUUACAUGGUUUCUGAUGCUGCAGGCUCCAUGAAGGCCUCUCUGGUGGCUCAGAGUAGCCCAUUCAAACAGGAGAUGCUUUCUCCCAAUGAAUGCUACAUCCUUGACAAUGGAGUUGAUGGCAAAAUCUUCUUGUGGAAAGGUCCGAAAUCUAAUGAAGCUGAACGUAAGGCGGCCAUGAAUGCCUCAGAGCAAUUUAUCAAAGACCAUAACUACCCUAAAAACACCCAGAUCCAGGUGUUGCCUGCUGGCGGGGAGACCACCAUGUUUAAACAGUUCUUCAGCAACUGGAAGGAUAAGGAUCAGACCACGGGCCCAGGGAAGGCCUACACUAUUGGGAAGAUUGCCAGAGUGGAGCAGAUCCCCUUUGACGCAUCCAGCCUGCACUCCAACAAAGCCAUGGCUGCUCAACAUGGCAUGGUGGACGAUGGCUCGGGCAAGCUGCAGGUGUGGCGUGUUGAAGGUGGGGAAAUGGUUCCUGUGGACCCCUCCACCUAUGGUCACUUCUAUGGAGGAGACUGCUAUCUGAUCCUCUAUAGCUACAAACAGGGAGGCAGAGAGCAGCAUAUCAUCUACACCUGGCAGGGGCUGAAGUGCACGCAGGAUGAGUUGGGCGCUUCUGCCUUUUUAACAGUCAAAUUAGAUGACUCCAUGGGAGGAUCUCCUGUGCAGGUGCGUGUCACUCAAGGCCAGGAACCGCCGCAUUUGAUGAGCCUGUUUAAGGGCAAACCAAUGCUCAUCUUCUUGGGUGGGACUUCACGAAAAGGCGGGCAGAGCAGUACAGGAAGUACACGUCUCUUCCAUGUCCGCCAGAGCUCCACCCGUGCUACACGCACUGUUGAGGUGGAGCCCUCCGCCGCAAAUCUGAACACCAAUGAUGUGUUUGUGCUGAAGUGUCCAAACUCCAUGUAUCUGUGGAGAGGAGUCGGGGCCACGGAUGAGGAGCUGGCUGCUGCCAAAUAUGUUUGCAGCUUCCUGGGUGGCAGCGUUACUGAAGUGGCUGAGGGGAAGGAACCAGCGGGGUUCUGGUCUGCUCUUGGUGGAAAGAAGGACUAUCAGACCUCCAGCAGUCUGCAGAAGACAGUUAAACCACCUCGCCUGUUCGGCUGCUCCAACAAAACCGGCCGUCUCAUAGCAGAGGAAGUGCCAGGAGACUUCACUCAGGCUGAUUUGGCCACCGAUGAUGUCAUGCUUCUGGAUACCUGGCACCAGAUCUUUCUCUGGAUUGGUAAUGAGGCCAACGAAGUGGAGAGGAGCGGAGCAGAUAAAAUAGCUAAAGACUAUGUGAACUCCGACCCCUCUGGUCGUCGUGGCACUCCCAUCAGCAUCAUAAAGCAAGGCUUUGAGCCACCCACUUUCACUGGCUGGUUCCAGGCCUGGGAUGGUAAAAUGUGGGACAAAGACCCUCUGGAACGUAUCCGUGCCGGUUUCUGAACACACUCAUACACACGCAGUUUGCAUGGCUUUCCAAAUACACGCAAGCGCUGCUGUCUGCCAUAAGACAAGUCUGCUAUCUGAGAAAGCUAUAGAUUAACAACAAAAACUAUGUUAUGCACUAGUCACUAUAUACACUGUCAUGUCAUUUUUUCGUUAAAUAUAUGCUUUUGGCUUAUUUUUUAAAUGCGGAAAGUUUUAAACAUACAGUUAAAAUAUAUAUAUAUAUAUAUAUAUAUAUAUAUAUAUAUAUAUAUAUAUAUAUUGGCUAAAUCUAUGCUGAAACUAAAAGUAAGAACAUAACCAAUGUGUUCUGUAUUUAAAUAUGGACUUCAUGGGCAUUCAAAUUGAAAUAUUUAAAAAUUAAAUCUUCAAAAAUUGUCAAAAUAACAUCUCAAAAUGUUAAUUUACAUCUACCAAUAAUUUUCUACAAAUGCAGAAUAAUGUGAACACAUUUCUGAUAUUGAAAUAUGCUGGUUCAUAAUAAAAUGUGCAUCUUGAAACAAUGGCUAAUGUCAUUCUUUAGUGGUUAAAGUGCCUUAACUGCCUCAACUGCCUUAACCGUGCCUUCACUGGGCUGUAUAAUCAAGGUAUCUUUGUACUGCUCUAUGGUGAUCCUUUCAUAUAUUUGGGGGAAAAAAAUACAUUUCAGAGUGCUACUAGUAGGCAAUAAGACAAUUAUAUGCUCUAUGUGGCCAAAAGUAGGUGGACACCUGACCAUCAUACCCACAUGUGGUUCUUCCCCAAACUGUUGCCACAAACUAAGAGGCCCAAACCUGUUCCAACAUGACAGUGCCCCUGUGCACAAAGCGAGGUCCAUGAAGACAUGGUUUACCAAGGCUAGAGGGUAGACCUCGAGUAGUCUACACAGAGCCCUGAACUCAACCCCACUGAACACCUUUGGGAUGAACUGGAAUGCCAACUGUGCGCCAGGCCUCCUCACCCAACGUCAGUGCCUGACUUCACUAAUGCUCUUGUGGCUGAAUGAGCAGCUUUUCAACCAUGCAAAAUGUGAAAUCACGGCACUGUUCUUACUGACAUACCUGAAAGAAUUGCUUUGAGUAGCCACAACUGAACACAAGCCAGAUUUGAAGCAGAUUGAGGAAAACAAGGAGGUCCAGAAGUCCCACAGAGUCAAAAUCAGGUACAUGUCAGAACGUUGAUGUGGAGACGUCACAGUCAUGGCUACUGUAACAUCAUUCUGAAAUGAUGACAUGGAAUAAAUCUGGACCUGGUUUCAGUACAGAAACGCAAAGCAAGCGAACACACGCUGCAUCUCAGUCUGCUGAAUACUGCAUCUUACUCUGCUGAACAUUGUGCUACUCACCUGCGUUUCACCUGUAGAACUAUUUUGCGCUAUCACGUUGUUGGGUAAGUAAAAAGAUUACUUAAAAAUAUUUAUUUGCGCCCCAGAAGAAAUGCAGCUUCUGAAACAUGUGUCAGUUAACUGAUGAAAAUCAGUGCACAAAUAGACAAUUUAUUAGUAUUAAUUACUUUUCCAGUGUUUUGAGGCCAUUUCUCCUCUUUUUCUUUUCAUUUUAGUCAGAUGCGGAUUUUUACAGAAGAGCAUUGGGGUCAUUUAGGCUCCUGAAAAUUUUAUAUAAAACCUUGUGACAGAAAUCAACUCAAAUACUGUGUUAUUUGACAUACAGACUAAUACAUUCAGUGUUCCCACCAUUCACAGCCCGUCUCCCGGUCAGCUGACAUCACCAGGCUGAACACCGAGAGCUUUUAAAGAAUAAACUGCAGAAGUCACUUAACGCUACCCAGAACCUAAAGGCCUAACAUGAACAAUUAACAAUUACUAAUGAGAUAGGAAUUUAGGUUAUUAAUUAUGCUCAGUAGUUUAUAUAACAAGGUCUUAAUAAAGCGUUUAUUGUGUAUUAUCGCAACUAACUAAUGAGUUAUAUUCACAUGACAAAUCUCAGUUAGAUGCUAGAACUGAUUUUACAAUGUUGACAUGAAAUAAAAAUGAAUCUUUUUUUUUUUUUUUAGUAGGGACCGUGAAGGAAGAAAUCACACUCGACUGUACAAAGUCUUACAAACUCACACUGUACUGUGUUUUACCUGUACAUUUAUUUAUCUUGCCAUCACAUUUUUGGGUAAGUACAAAAGAUUGUUUUGCCAGUUAAAGAAAAGCAGUGCAUGUCCACAGAGCCGUUUCUGAACAUUUGGGGGCUCGAAGCGACUCCUAACUCAGGGGCCCCAACCCACACCAAUGAUAUUAUUUUAUGUGCACGAAUGAACAGAAUUAAUACUUCACUAUCUUGGAUAAGGGAAUGUGUCACUUCCUGUUUUCUGGAAGUGUUUAAAAAUUAUCUACAGAAAGUAUUAUAUGUAUAGUGUGAUGUAUAGAAGUAGUCUGGAUAGAUAGCUGUGAUUUUACGAUCAGUAGUCGUUGUUUUUUUGCUGUGAAAAAACAUUUGGACUCAGGGCCCACUAUUAUUGAUUAGUGUUAUUGUUUUUUUUGCAUUGUUGUUGUUUCUGUAGAUUUAUGAGCUGCUGUUUUAAACUUUGUAGCCAGCGAUAGGUGAAUUUUUACAGUUAUUACAUGCUGGAAAAAUAUGAGACAGCACAGUUAGAGGAUAUCUUAGGAAACUAUGUGGUACAGAUUUUUAAGAAUAAUUCAGUUACACAUACAACAGCAGCUAUAAUAUCUGUGUGUGAUAUCAUCCUCAAAAUGCACUCUUCAGUUUAUAAAACCCUCUCAUACCGUCAGUUUAAACCAGACAUAUUUUAGCAUUUAAAACAUAUUAGCAUAAAGUAUAAUUAAGUAGAAUUAAUAGAAACCUGAGUAAUCUUAUGCCUCUCUGAUUUAUCAAACACCAAAUGAACCUGCAGAAGAACUGAGAGACAAACAUGAGCCGCAAGCAAGAAGACUGCUACUUCUUCUUUAACUCCACAUGCACCAAGGGGGAUCGUUGCCCUUUCCGGCACUGUGAAGCUGCCAAGGGCAGCAAGACAGUGUGCAAAUUCUGGCUGCAGAGCCGCUGCUUAAACAAGGCAUGCAGAUUUCGGCACAUGGACAUCAAGAAAAACCGCAGAGAAGUUCAGUGCUACUGGGAAAAGCAGCCAGGCGGUUGCCGAAAGCAGGACUGCACCUUUAAACACCAGAAGCCACGGACCAUCAGACGGCUUCCUGUUCUCCAGGCCAAAAAAUCUCUAGCUUCUGAGAAAUGGAAUGAAAAUCUAUCACCUUCUGAUGUGACACCUGGCCAGAAGAAGAAACACUCAGGGAGCUUCUGCUCGGCUGAUGCUGAGCGACUCCACUGCAAAUGUGUUAAG